AUAUGGCCGUGAUGCAUAUCUGCAACAUACCGUUUGAAUUCAACUAUUUCAUAGUGUUUAUAAAGAAAGUGACAUGUGUUAGUGUGAUGUCAUAAUGCAACAAGGCUUUUUUUUAUUAGUAUGACCUGAUCCCACUCUACCAUGAGUUUUGACAACAUAAGUUUACUUUUCCCGCCAAUUUUGUGAAACAAGCACGAAUAAUGUCAGAAAAAGGAUUAACGCCUUCGCAAAUAGAAAGUUUUUUUAAUAGCGUGGAUAGCGAGGAUGAUCUCGACUUUUCUGCUGAUGACGAAAGCGAUUACUAUCCCAAUAAAGAAGAUUUUGAGACCUCAGAUGACGAAGUUUUGGAAAAUCAAGUUGAACUCCCUACCGACUUGAAUGUUCCAAGCAAGGAUGUCAACGAUGUUGCGACUUCUAGCAAAAAGGACCUAAGAAGGAAUUUGCUAUGGAGACAACGCAGUUUGAUUUUGAAUGAGAACCAACUUCAGCUGCUCACGAGCACUGCGUUACCUCCGGAACUAAUGGAGCUGUCCCAGCCUAUUCAAUUUUUUUCGUAUCUAUUUCCUAAAAAAGUUUUUGAGAAUAUUUCGAAUGAAACUAACCUUUACAUUCAUCAAAAAGAGCCAAACGCAAAUAUUACUUUUACUCCUUUGGAUAUUCAACAGUUUGUUGGAAUUGUGUUGUAUAUGUCCAUUUCACGACUUCCAAAAUGUGCCCUUUACUGGUCUGCAAGUAUUGGAAUACCGACAAUUCAAAACAUUAUGUCACAAAAAACAUUUGAAACAAUCAGACGUCACAUUCAUUUCAACAACAAUGAUAAUAAUCUGCCUUUGACUGAUUCCCGUCAUGAUCGGCUUUUCAAAAUACGACCACUUAUUUAGGAAAUUAAUAAUAAUUUUGGAAAAGUACCUAAGGAACAGUUUUUGUGUGUCGACGAACAGAUUUGUUCAACAAAAGCAAGAUCACAUAUGAAACGGUACAAUCCUAACAAGCCUCAUAAAUGGGGAUAUAAAAUAUAUGUUUUAAGCGGUAAUUCGGGCUUCUGCUAUAAAUUCGAGAUUGAUUCUGGCAAUGAAAACGUAGUACUACUUAACGAGCCAGAUCUAGGAGCAGCAUCAAAUUGUGUUGUAAGAUUGGCCAGAGAAGUCCCCAGGCAUCAGAAUUUUCGCCUAUAUUUUGACAAUUAUUUUAAUUCAUUACCUCUUUUAAAGUAUUUGGCGGAAAGCGGGAUCUUAGCGUUGGGUACAAUUCGAAAGAACAGAAUCCCUAAUUUCAAAUCCAUGGAGAAUAUUCACCUAAAGAAAAAUCCUCGCGGCACGUCUGUGGAGUAUGUCGCUGAUUUUGGUGGAGUAGACAUAUCUUGCACCUCAUGGGUGGAUAAUAAAAUAGUUUCAUUGGCAUCGAACUACGCUGGAAUAGUUCCCACAGACACUGCCCGCCGAUUCAACAAGGCCAAAAAGGAAUAUAUACAAAUUGACCGUCCUUUCGCUGUAGCACAAUACAACAGUUAUAUGGGAGGCGUUGAUCUGAUCGACAGUAUAAUCGGAAGAUAUAAAAUUUUAUUGAGAAGCAAACGUUGGCAAGUCAGAAUCUUUUAUCAUUUACUGGACCUUACAAUCAGCAACGCUUGGUUGUUGUAUAAACGUGUUAUGAAGGCAAAUGGAUAUCCUGGAAAAGUUUUAAGUUCAUCAGACUUUCGGCUUGAUAUCGCAGAAGUGCUAACAAAAGUUAACACUAAAUCAAAAUUGGGUAAACGAAGUUCCGUCAUUGAAAAUGAAUUGCAGCUAAAGAAGCAGAGAGGUCCAACUCAGCAUGUACCAAACCAAAUGGUACGACAGGAUCAGGUUGGACAUUGGCCAAUUUGGGCAGACAAAAGAAUAAGAUGCAAGUUUCCAAACUGUGCAGGAUAUUCUCAAGUCAUGUCCAACAAAUGUGGAGUAGCUUUAUGCUUCAAUAAAAGAAAUAAUUGUUUCACCAAUUUUCACUUAAAUUAAACAGUAAUUUAAGCGCCUUAUAGCAAAUAUUAUAAUAAAAUUUACGUUUUAUCUAUGUAAACUGAGCACUGAAACUAUUAAAUAUAUUAUGAAUUCAAAUAUUUUGUUUAAUGCACUAAAAACAUUACAAAUAUAUUCAUUUAUGUUAAAUAAAUUUUUGGAUUAUAUUAAGUUUAAUUUUGAACCCAAGCAUAUUUGAUGUAUUUAUGCAACAUAUCCUUUAUCCUUAAUAAAAGUGUAAAAAAUCAAAAAUCGGGAAAACGAAAAAAAAGUGUAUUUUUUAUUUUUAAUUAUAUAUCUAAAAACAAAAACCGCAUCAAAAUCGGAGUUUAUGCCAUAUGAAGGGCUAAUAUUGUUCUUGACGAUACUUUGACGAUAUUUCGUCUUUGAUCGGUAACGAACUUCAUUUGGUCCAAGCUACUUCGGCUAUCUCAUCUUUAAUAAUUUUCUUUUUUUCAUCCGCCAACUUUUGCGUAGCUCGAGACAUCGUUGUUGCAUCCGGCA